GGACGCCGUCGACGACAAAGCAAAGCUGCCACGAGACCCACGGACGCCAAGCGGUGAUGGCCAAGCCCAUGCACCCGACUCGCGGUAAGUCUUGCUGGCUGACGCGAGGACCAUGGCGCGCCUACCGCCGCCUACAGCAAUGGCCGUUGGCUGACAGCUUGCUCGUGCGACCGCAACCGUGCGUUGGCGACUACAAGAAAACUGUGUGCCUCGAACGACUGCCAGCUUGGCUAUGGCGCGACGCUGCUUCAAAGGCUUGGUUUUGCUACAGCACGUCAAGCCCCACUGUCUUGGCCAUCAAGCUCUCGUCACGUCGGUGCAAUAGGCGCCGGCCUACGUCGAUCGACGCACAGCGAUGCUGGCACAAGUAGGUCGGAGCGUCUCCACGCAUUCGCUUUUCGCCCAUAGGAGCGCACAUGUUCAGAGCUAUGGCCAUGUCAGAGCAUAUUAGCCUCCGCCAUGUUGUACGGCAUGGACGCGAGUCGCCCGUAGAAUGCAACGAGCCAAAGCAUUAUUAACCCACGGACGCUGGGCUUGAUUUGCCUCGGGUCCCGCCUUCGCUUGCGCAUAGUAAUGCGACUUGGUUAGCUCUCUCCGUAUCGACGGCUGGUGCAGCUGGUACGAGCUUGCGGCAUGAGGCAUGAGCUCUCGAUCGUGCUGGGAAUCCAGCCGUGAAUCUCUCUGUCGCGGUGCGAGUCUGUUUGACACGCCGUAUGCGGCGCUUUAUCCGGAUCCGCCACAUCCAAUCAAACGAGGUCUCGGCCAGAAGCAAUGGCGCCGAGCAAGAAGAAGUCCAAGCUGCGCAAGGUGCCGAUUGGGCCGCCGCCUGUCAAGAGCCGCCGGCGCGCCCGCGAGAUCACAACAGAGUUCCACCGCGUGACCCACGAGCUUAAUCGGCUCCAGGACGCGACCAAGGACGACGAGGCCAAGGCGCGCCAGGCAGAGCUCGAGCAACGGCUCAAGGACCUCGGCGGUCGUCAAGUGUACCAAGACGCGAGCAUUCUCUCGACGAGCUUUCAUCGCACGAGCAAGUGGGUCUUCUCGCUCCUCACCAAGUUCGGCCUCCGCCCGGGCAAGAAGCAGCCGCCGCUCGAGGUACUCGAGGUCGGCGCCAUCAACACGCAGCUCCUCGUGUGUCCGUGGCUCAACGUGCAGGCGAUCGACCUCAUCGCGCGCCACGCCAAGAUCCAGCAGCUCGACUUUUUCGACGUCCCGUUCACAAAGACCUUUGAUGUCGUGGUCUCGAGCAUGGUCAUCAACUGCGUCCCGACGCCCGAGAAGCGAGGCGAGAUGCUCCAGCGUACGUGGCGCCACCUCAAGGACGACGGCCACUUCUUCCUCAUGUUGCCGCUGCUCUGCUUGACCAACUCGAAUUACAUGACGGUCGAUCAUUUCGAAGCUAUCUUGACGCGCGUGGGUUUCGAGAUCCGCGAGAAGAAAGAGACGCCCAAGAUUGCGUUCUUCUGCCUCCGCAAGGUGCCCGCGACGGCCGUGCCGCCUGGCACCUUUCAGCACAAGACGCUGCGGCCAGGUCCGAAGCGCAACGAUUUUGGCGUCGCGAUAUAACUCAAUCUCAAAACAGCGUGGGUUGAUACGAGUCUAAUUCAAUGAGUCCCCUUGGUCUGCC